GAAGGCAGGGUUCUGCCUGGCCCUAUCACACGUGCUCAAAGAGAGGGUGGAGGGAAAUCAAAAGGGACAAGCAGCUUCCUCAGCCAAUUGCAAGGCCUGCAUAAGGGCCAGGCAGAAUUUCUGUCAAGGUGCAAUGUCUGCUGUCCUCCAUACUCAUCCAGGAGCAGCGCCUCCAAAGGGAGCAGGAAGAGAUGGGGAGGAGAAACAAUGUGAGCAGAAAGCAAUCAAGCCAACAUGGAUUCCCUUCAGGUCUAUGCUAUCUGCAGAAGAGAGGCUGGGUUUUUCCUUGCAUCUGAUGAAUGCUGGUCACCUGUGGAAGGCUCCAGGAAUAUCUGUAGCUGCUGUGAGACUGGGAACUGUGGGUCACCUGGAGGACAGAAGACUUACCCAUCUGCAUAGACCCUGGAAGAGAGAUGUGCCUUCUAGUCAUGUGAAGCAGCACCUACUUUCAGGGAUGCUGAGGCUGAUAGUGUGGUGGGACCUCUUUCCAUCCUUGAUGCAGAUCAACACUCCAGGAAUUUUCCAGAAAACAUAACCAGAAUGGCAAAGAUGGGAUCACAAGUCUGCCAUGAGUGAGCAAGUCACAGCAUACCCCUGUGUUACUGGAGGAUUUCAGCAGGACACUGCAGGAAGAGGGUGUUUCCACACACAGAUUGCUUUACAGAGAAGGAUCAGGCUG